AUUCUCCACCUCAGAGCCUUGCUAACAGCGAAGGAUGGCAAGCAAGGGGCCCUCAGCCUCCACGUCCCCUGAGAACUCCAGUGCCGGGGGGCCCAGCGGGAGCAGCAACGGUGCUGGCGAGAGCGGAGGGCAAGAUAGCACCUUCGAGUGCAACAUCUGCCUGGACACAGCCAAGGACGCUGUCAUCAGCCUGUGUGGCCACCUCUUCUGUUGGCCGUGUUUACAUCAGUGGCUGGAGACCAGACCUAACAGACAGGUGUGUCCGGUUUGCAAAGCUGGCAUCAGCCGAGACAAGGUCAUCCCGCUGUACGGCCGGGGCAGCACUGGGCAGCAGGACCCCAGAGAGAAGACUCCUCCCCGUCCUCAAGGUCAGAGACCAGAGCCAGAGAACAGAGGGGGCUUUCAAGGAUUUGGAUUUGGAGAUGGUGGCUUCCAGAUGUCUUUUGGAAUUGGGGCAUUUCCCUUUGGGAUAUUUGCGACAGCAUUUAACAUAAAUGAUGGGCGACCUCCUCCAGCUGUCCCUGGGACGCCCCAGUAUGUGGACGAGCAGUUCCUGUCACGCCUCUUCCUGUUUGUGGCCCUGGUGAUCAUGUUCUGGCUCCUGAUCGCCUAAUGCUGCGCCCCCAGCCUGUGUCCGUGGCAGGGCCUCUGGACUGGUGACACGUCAUCCCCACUCUUGGUGUUUGGCUCCCUGGCUAACCCUG